AUGAAUUUCUCUUGCAGUGGACACAUGCUCUUCUUCUUGGUUUCUCUCACUCGGAUCCGCGUCCACGCUUCUUUAACUCGUCCGGCUGUCCACGAUGAUCGUUCCCUGGUCUACUACUGCUUCUCUAGUUCUACUUUUGCUUCUGCUUCUGCUUCUACUUCUACUUUUGCUUCUGCUUCUGCUUCUGCUUCUGCUUCUGCUUCUGCUUCUGCUUCUGCUUCUGCUUCUGCUUCUGCUUCUGCUUCUGCUUCUGCUUCUGCUUCUGCUUCUGCUUCUGCUUCUGCUUCUGCUUCUACCUCUUCCUCCACUUCUUCCUCCACUUCCGCUAUCCUCACCUCGUCGUCGUCGGCCUUGCUAAACCACUUUAUGCUGUCUCUCAAUUUAUCAUUCAUAGAACUACAUUCUGAAUGUCUCGCUUGUGGGGCCUGGCUGUCUGCUAACUCGACGCUCUGCCAGGGCCAGCCUGAUCUUUUAAUUUAUAUUUUUCUGAUUUUUGGGGGGUUUUUUUCCUGCACUUCCACCAUUCUUGGCUUUUUCACUCUCCGCGGCUCCUCACAUUUUUCCGGUUCCAGCAAGUUGUGA